CACGACUUGUUCUCUCUCUCUGUACAUUUCAUAAAACAAUCUGUUUUUCCUUACAGGUGUAAUCAUUUUAUAAGAAAAUGGCGAAAGCUAGAAGAGCUACACGAAGGGUAUCUACUCGACGGAUCAGAGCAAGACCAUACAAAUUCACAUCAUCCAAGCGAGUGGUAAGGAGAAGCGUGUUCGCAAACACAUGUCCGAAGCUGACGGAGAAGAAUGAUUGGGCGGAAGCUGUAUGUUCCGUUUGUAUGGAGUGUCCACACAACGCUGUGCUUCUCCUCUGUUCAUCUCACGACAAGGGUUGUCGUCCUUACAUGUGUGGAACCAGCUUCCGUUACUCCAAUUGCUUAGAUCAGUACAAGAAGGCAUCCGCUAAGCUAAUCCCAUCGCAUCAGCAGCAGCAAGUGAUGAAUAGUAAGUGUGAGCUCGCGAAUCUGAAGUGUCCGCUUUGUAGGGGACAGGUGAAAGGUUGGACUAUUGUGAAGCCUGCGAGAGAGGAGCUGAAUCUGAAGAAGAGGAGCUGUAUGCAGGAGAAUUGCUCCUUUUCUGGAGAUUUUAAGGAGCUGAGGAAACAUAUGAAGAAAGAUCAUCCUUGUGCGCAGCCGCGUGAGGUGGAUCCUGAUGUGGAGCAGGAGUGGAGGAGGUUCGAGGUUGAGCAGGACCGUAACGAUGUGAUGAGUACUAUUAGGUCGACGAUGCCUGGUGCGACGGUGUUUGGGGAUUAUGUGAUAGAGAGAGGUGCGUAUGGUUCAGAUUCAGAUGAGGAGGAGGAGGAUGAGGAGAGGGAGGAAGUGGGGAGGAUUGGUGCUGGGAUAGGGAGGAAUCUAGUGAAUGUUUUCCUUCUGUUGCAGGCUUUUGGGGGAUCAGGAAACGCAUCUGAGACAUCUCAUGGUCUAGCAUCUGAUGAUAAUGAGGUAACGAUCAAUCAGAGCGAUGUGGAGUCGUCCUCUGGAGAUGAGGAUGAUGGGACUAGGACGUUCGGAAACCGGAUGAGGAGCCAGAGAAGGGUUCUACUGGGAAGAUCAGUUAGUAGUAGGAGACGUAGAGAUAGAGAAGCUAACCAGAACUCAGACCAUCCUAGAUGAUACAAUAAGGAAGUUCACUGUUGGGUUUGUGUUAGAAGGUUGGAGGAGGAGGAUCACUCUUUCUUUGUGUUGUUUUACUUUUCGAAAAAAUAAAGGAAUGUAUUCUGAUGUAAUAUUCUGGAUAGCAAUUUGAUGUUGUUUAUAUUUUUACUUCUGUAUCCUUCUGAAUUUAGUAGGAAGGCCUUGAAGACCAUUGUCUUCAUGGAUGAUGUUUUAGUACUCAAACCUUUCUUUACUGUUUGUUGUCUGUAAAUUUGAUGUUCUCUUUUAUGUAUAAUGAAUCUUUUGGCUUUGUCUACUAGUAAUAAAGAGC